CAGUGUUGUCGUUGUUUAAGUUGAUUUGCAAAAUGCUUCAUUUCUCAAAGUGAACUUGAUAAAAGUUAAAAAGCUUUGAAAGCUAUCUACUUGUAUAGCAACUUUUAGAUGUAUCGUGAAACAGCCCCAUCGUAAAGCCCCUAUCAAGAAACGUAUCAAAUUGAAUAUCCCCAAGGCGGUCUAAUUCAAGGACUUCUGUUAUGUAAUUUGAAUCAUAAAGGCUGUUUCUAUGCCACUGCGGAGGAAGCACUGUGGAAGUGCAAAAGAUUCACAGUAGCUAGAGCAGAGUUAACAAAAAAGUUUAACCUUCCUUCCAUUUCUCGGCAGGAUCGAAUUUGUAUUUCGUUUAAUUUCAAUGGGGAUAUAUUGGUGAAAAUGUAUACUACGAUGCAUCUCGACCCCUGCGCGAAGUACCUGUGUUCCCACCAUGCAUUCUAGGUUCUGCCUUCCUUAAGAAAAACAAACUCAUUAAGCUCUGUUCGAUUCAAAGGUAAGCAAACACCUCAAAUGAACCGUAUAGGUCCCCAUGAUCUUUGUUCGGAUUACCACAUUUGAUUACACUAAAAAAAGUAUUUAAGUUCGCAAAUCUGUAACUGAAUUUGGCAAGAACCAGUUCCUGAUUUUGGCGACAGUCAUGAAGACGCUUUUGUUGCUUAUGCUAACAUCUCAGUUGUUCCCAGCAUCUGCAAGCAGUGAAGUAGAUAUUGAAACCAUCUGUAAAGAUUUCAUCAGAAGCAACCAAUUAAAAAGUGAUGAAAAGCUUAACGAAAUUCGAAAGAAAUUUAUUGACAACAACGUUCUUUAUGCCGAUGAUUCUGGUGACAGUGGUAUGGAACAUCUGUGCCGUGAUCAAACCAAUCAAGUGAAAAAGCAAGUUUCUAUCACCAUUGCCGACAUUCUACGUGUUAAAAUUCUCAGAUUGCAUCCUUCAGGUCGCGAAUCGUACACUGCCAGAGAUCAAAAUUCCAAAAGAGAUCUUGCUGUUGGACUGUCUGAGAGGCCACAAGACUUUGCCAAGGCUUUAACAGGACGCUCUGCAAGAGAACUUCGAGAUAAAAUCGAACGAGAUUGCUUGAGUCAGCCUCGAGAUGAAAUAUUCUGUGAACAUUUACCAGAAUUGGUGGACAUAGUUGACACGUAUGAGAAAGUAAAAGAUGAAAGUAGGAGCAGUGAGAAAUGGAACGCUUAUCGCAUCCAUUUUCUCGUUCUGCGACAUAACGACCCAGAACAAUUCGCUCGAGUAAAACCAAGAACCAACGAAAACAUUCAAAAGCUGGUCAUUGAUAACUUGAAAACAUUCUUCAAAAAUGUUAGAAACGGACAAACGGAUCCAUUGACAGAGCUCAUAUCUCUGACACCAGAUUUAACAACGAUGAAAGAAGGUUGUGGAGCCACUGUCGGCCAUCCUUCCGACGAAACAAAGAGCAUCUGCACCCUCUUCAGAGUAGUUGCUCAGAUAAGGCUUUUCCUAAAGUCUCAAGUUGUGUCUGAUAAUGGACACGUGACAAAAAUUCUGAAUACCAGGAUUGAUUAUAAAACGUUUUUAGAGCUAACUGAAAUUGACAGAAUAUUGCAAAUUGUCCAAGACACACAAAAUGCCCUUCCUUCCCUGUUUAGUUGGCUUAACAGCGAAGUCACUAAAACAACCAACGACAGAUUUAAAGGCGUCAGGACGUAUUUCCAGAAGGUUGAAAGCUUCAACAGAGAUAAAGCACGUGCUGAUGUAGAUUUCGUUAAUGGAAGGUUAGAAUUAUUUAGAAAAAGUGUUUCGACACUGAGUCAAGAAUUAGGGGCAAACCUUGAUGACCUUAUAAAGCGAGCAAUUGCGGCUAUCGCCCUGGAGAUAGCUGAAGAUACCGUUCAAGUUGGUCUAGCUGCUGCUGUGUUAAUGAAUCCUCUUGAGAAGAUUUUCGGAGGGUCAAGCGUGGGUGAUCUUAUGGAUCGCAGUGCCAAACUGGCUGAUUCAAUAACUAUAGCAGGGGAGCUUGUCCAAGUGAAACGCUCUUUUGAUCGACUAACUGAAAAGACCGUUGAGAUAUCAGGCAAGUUUCAGGAAAAUGCCAAAUUUCUUGAGUCUGUAAAAAAAGUCGUCGAUAAUAUUGGAAAUGAAGAGUCAUCCUCCAUUUUUCAAUCAGAGAAGCAAAAAUUCAUUAGAGACUAUACGGCCUAUGAUCCAAAGGUUACUAGGCCAGAGUUGACAGCCAUGACAGCAACCUGGACUGACCUUAUUGAAGCCACCUGUGAUGUUAUUAUGAAUACGGAAACGCUGAUUGCUGAACCAGUCAAGGCAACUGUAAGGGCGUCUGGCUUAUGUCCCAAAACAAAGUUGCUUGCAGAGAGAAUGAUCGAAACCUAUGCAGAGAUAUACGAUUUUCAGUUUGAGCUCAUUGAGGCACUAGCUACUUAUAUGAGGGCUGCUACAUCCAUUGAUGCCGCUUCAAGCAUAACAGCCGGGUACGAGCAGCUCCCUGCUGAACAGGAUUCAAGCAGCAACGCUGUCAACAAUUUGAGAAUUGUUGGCUUGAUUUCCUAUAUAUCGUAUAAGAUCAACAUUUGGCAGGCUACAGAGGCAUACUGCGACAUUUUGGAGUAUAAAGAAGGCGGAACAAGGCCCAACCUUUGUCAAGGGUUAAACACGAAUAUUGCUAAUCUUGUCUCUCGUCAGGUAAGACCUUGCCAGGAAAAAGUAGGAUUUAGGGAAGUACCAAUCAGUGCAGCAACAGAAGCUGACAAGGCUUACCUCGACAUAUCUAAUUUGUAUGCUGCCAAACAAGUAAGGUUCAAAAUCCCAAAUAGUGACUGGUUGGUGGAGAAUCAGUGGAUUGACACUGGGGAUAAGGAUUCUGUUAUCACGGUGAAGAAGUUUGAAAUUUUCUUGCCAACUAUGAGUGGAAUACGAAGGAGAGUCAAUGUUGAAGCAAAAUCAGAGGGGAGGAACCAACUGGUGCCGAAUGGCAAAACAUAUACGAUCAUCCCAAGCAAGAAUUUGAAGUUUGAAUACCUCGAGGGUGGUAGCAAUGAAGGUUGCCGACAAGAAACGUUUCAAAACCCUUAUGAUACAUCAAAGCCCGAAAUCUGUCCGGUGAAUAUGGAGGAAGAUAGAUGUCUGGAUCUCUUGGAGAGAACAGCUUUGUAUCCCUCUGUCUAUGCCGACUGGAAAGUGUCUAUCUCUGGUUAUGAAUCAGAUGCAGUUCCACAAUUGGCCAGCAAUUUCAAAUUGAAAGUUGGAAUUACACUCUGUGUUACAAAUGGUUCCAACAAGAAGAAGAAAAAGAAAAAGCUUAGAAGCCUAAAGAAAAAGGCAAAAAGGAGCAAAGCUGCUAAAGUAACUUCCAUUGCAUAAAAUUUGCAAAAAUAACGAUGUGCUAUUAUUUUGAUUCAUGCUCAAUCUGCCUACUUGUGCUUCAUUUCAAUAAGAAAGUUGAUUCAAUUAUUAACCAAUUUGUUAUGAACUAAAAACCGUUGUUUCAUUUUUUCUU